GUUUUUUGGGGGGGGGGCGAGAGUGAGUAGUCGCCAUCGUUCCAAAUGAAGCCGGAACGUUCGUUUCUUCGGGUUUUUGUUGCAGCAGGGGAAAGAAAAUAACGGCGUCCCUCCUUCCGGUGCUGGCGUGCGUGCGAGCCCAUUGGCCGGCCGCACAGCCAAUCCGGGGUCGUCUUCCUCUUUGCUCAGGCUGGGCCACGCCCACCCGCUGCCUGGUUUCGCGUGUCCGGGUCGCCCAGGGAAGGACGCGCGAGGGUUGUUUUUUUUUGCACGUGGGAACGCGGGGCUGGGACACGGGUUCCCCGAGAGAUGCGGCUCCUUCGCGUCUGGAAGAAGAUCUGGGCGAGGAGGGGCGGCCCCCGCCGGGAAUACACGGCAGCAUCUCUUCCCUCCCAAGUUGCAGAGCGCCUGGCACUUUACCAGAGGCUGAAGGCUGCUGCAGACGAGCGCCAAGCGGAGCAAACCCUCCGGGAGAAGCGUCCAAUCUUGGUCUCCUUGCCAGAUGGUCGAAGCAUCGAGUGCGAAUCCUGGACUAUCACCCCUUAUCAGCUGGCCUUGCAGAUCAGUCAGAAUCUGGCCAAGACGGUGGUGACGGCACGAGUGAACGGAAGCCUUUAUGACUUGGAUCGUCCUCUGGAGGGUGAUGCCACUGUGGAAUUCCUGGGGUUUGAUUCUCAGGCCGGACAAGAGCUGUUCUGGCAUUCCAGCGCCCACCUCCUGGGCGAGGCUGCUGAGCGCUUCUAUGGUGCCCUGUUGUGCCACGGGCCCAGCACCGACCAGGGCUUCUUCUACGACCUGUAUUUGGACGAGGAACGGAAGGUGUCUAGUAAAGACCUCCCCACCCUGGAAGAGCUCUGCAAAGUGACCGUCGCAGCCAAGGUCCCUUUUGAACGGCUGGAGGUUUCCCGAGAGGAUCUGCUGGAGCUCUUCAAGCACAACCGAUUCAAACUGGAUAUCAUCGGACGGCGCGUGAAGUCUCGGACUGCCACCGUCUACAGAUGUGGGACGUUAGUCGAUCUCUGCCAGGGGCCCCACCUGCGGCACAGCGGGGAGAUCCGAGCCCUGAAACUCCUCAAGAACUCUGCCUCCUCCUGGCAAGGAGACCCCUCCGGAGAGUCCCUGCAACGCAUUUAUGGCAUCGCCUUCCCCAGCGCCCAGCAGUUGGCCGCCUGGGAGCGUGCCCAGGAAGAGGCUGCCCAGCGGGACCACCGGCGCAUCGGAAAGGACCAGGAACUUUUCUUCUUUCAUCCGUUGAGCCCCGGGAGCUGCUUCUUCCUUCCCAAAGGGACCCACAUCUACACAACCCUCAUGGACUUCAUCAAGAGCGAGUACCUUAAGCGCGGCUUCUCCGAAGUCAUCACCCCCAACGUUUUCAACGCCAAACUCUGGGAAAUGUCCGGUCACUGGGAACAUUACGGCGAGAACAUGUUCACCUUCCCUGUGGAAGACCAGACCUUUGCCCUCAAGCCCAUGAAUUGUCCCGGCCACUGCCUCAUGUUCAGCCACCGGCCCCGAUCCUGGCGGGAGCUGCCCCUGCGGCUGGCCGACUUCGGGGUGCUCCAUCGCAACGAGUCCUCGGGGGCUCUGACGGGGCUGACUCGGGUCCGGCGCUUCCAGCAGGAUGAUGCCCACAUCUUCUGCUCCAUGGACCAGCUGGAGGGCGAGAUCAGAGGCUGCCUCGAUUUCCUGCAGGCCGUUUACUCCGUCUUCGGAUUCACGUUCCGCUUCUUCCUCUCCACCCGCCCCCAACACUUUCUCGGGGACCCCCCUCUCUGGGAUCAGGCCGAGCAGCUGUUGGAAAAGAGCCUCCGGGAGUUUGGCCAACCGUGGGAACUCAACCCCGGGGACGGCGCCUUCUAUGGGCCCAAGGUGGACAUUCAGAUCCAGGACGCUCUGGGCCGAUACCACCAGUGUGCCACCAUUCAGCUGGACUUCCAGAUGCCGCUUCGCUUUGACCUCUCCUACCAGGGCAGGAACAAUGGGGCCCCCGAGAGGCCGGUCAUGAUCCACCGGGCAGUGCUUGGCUCUGUGGAGAGGAUGCUGGCAGUCUUGGCCGAGAAUUACGGGGGCAAGUGGCCCUUCUGGCUGUCCCCCUCCCAAAUCAUGGUGAUUCCGGUGGGCCCGGACGCAGAGGAGUACGCUGCCGAGGUCCACCGGCUCUUCCAGCAGGCGGGAUUCCAGACAGACCUGGAUGUCGAUUCGGGAGUGACCCUCAACCGCAAAAUCCGAAGAGCCCAGCUGGCCCAGUACAACUUCCAGUUUGUGGUCGGCCGGAAGGAGGUGACCCACCGCACCGUCAACGUCCGCAGCCGAGACAACCACCGUCAUGGGGAGAGAGAUUUGCACGAGGUGCAGCACCGGCUCCGGGAACUCCAGGAGACGCGGGCCAGAAACGCGGAGGAGCUCUUCUGAGCCAAAGGCUGGCAUGCUUCACGUGCCCAGGAGGGGGCUCUGAGGCGCCACCCUUCGUUCCAAGGACCUAGUCCUCACUGAGGAGUCGAGGCUGAGAAGCAGCCGCCCGAGGGCUCAGGAUCUCCCGCCGUCAGGCACCUGUCUCCCUCCUAGCCGAGUGCUCAGGAGAUCCCCCAUCCUUCCUCGGGGGGCAGCACAGCUUCCUGGAGCGCCUGGCAUUACCUGGGCUGAUCACCUGCACAAGGCCCAGCUGGGCCACCCUCUGGAGGUUCUCCGCAGCUCUGGGACUCUGCCCCCCCCCCCUUCAGUGCCCUUUCUGGAGGCAUGCAUAGCUGUAUUUGGGGGAGGGGGUGCAAAAACCUUUCCUGACCAAGGAAGGUGAACUUACAAGUUAGCUCUGGAUCCCCUGGCCAACCCUCCCCCCAGGCCCCUCCCUCCCUCCCUCCCUCCCUCCCUUCCUCCCGGGGAUGUUUUGAUGCCCCUGCUGAUAAGGGCUGACCCCCCCAGAUGUUCAAGGAGUGACACAGAGGAAGCUCUGGGGGGGUCCUUCCCCCAGCUGACUCAGAUGCUGUCCCCCCCCCUCCCCUUGCUUAAGAGCUGGAAACUUCCAUAAUGCAAAGGAGAAAAGCUGGGAGGGGCAGCUUGAGCUUCUCGCAAGGAUUCCUCCCGUCUCUCUCAGGAAAAUGUGUGGCACGCCUGUGAAUGCUCUGGGCAACUGAACCUCCAUGUUCCGAGGCAGUCUACCUCCGUGUACGGGGAAGGCUCUGCUUUCCGGAACAGGACGUGCCUGUUGUGGCCCAUCAGCAGACAGGCCUCCCGGAGCCGGCCUUGGUGACAGCUCCCAAAAACAGUUUGGCCCCAGAGGUGACUCUGUCGAUCAGCGCUGACUCAGUUGUGCUCGGAGCCAGGCGUGGCUCUUCUCCCUGGAGGUUCGAAACAGCUCCUGAGUGGAGACUGGCAGCCGCUGCACUGAGGGUGCUGUGGGGGGGGGGGGGUGUUGCAGCCCCUCCCUCAGGGCUCCCUAACCCUCAGUGGGGCAAAGCAUUUUCACUCGCCUUUCGGGAAAACCUCCCCAAAGCAUCGUUCACCUGUAGCAGAAUGAAAUAAACCCUCUUCAAUCUA